UUUUGGGUUUGGUUGGUAGCGACUAGCGAGACGAGAAUUGAAAAAUGAGGAAAGAGUAUUGAAAAAAAAGGUAAGAAAAGAAAAGAAACGAAAAAACCUGAAAAAUCUCAUUUCAUUGAUCUUUUCACAAUUUCGAAUCGAUUCCGAUAUUUUCGCUUUCUUUGUCCGAUCCAGCUCUUCUUCUUCACCAAGUCAUAGCGUUUUCCCCCAAAAUUCCAUUUCUUUUAGAUCCAAUUCCUUCCUUUUUCUCUCUCUCUCUCUCAUUACUUGAGCUUAAUUGUAGUGGAUCAAUCAAGUUGUUGUAUAGGGUAAAGGCUUUUUUGGUUUUUGGUUGUUGUAGUUGGGGGAUUUCUUGAUUAAGGGGCAAUUAUGAGAACUUCAUGGGCAGAUUCUGUGGCUAACUCUGCAUCUGAAAAUGCAACCACCAAUUCAUCUGGUACCAAUGGCUUAAAACGCCCUACCCGAUCGACCUAUGUUCCGCCCCAUCUUCGAAACAAGCAACCUUCAGCCGAUCCCCUUCCUCCACCGCAUGCUGCUCCUCCUGCUCCUUCACCAGUUAACGACCGGGCCGGGUUUGGGGGCCCGGCAACCGGGUCGCGGUGGGGUGGAGAUUAUUCUAGGCCUGAUUUUGGGCGCGGGGGAUAUGGUGGUGGUCGAGGUGGUAAUGCUUGGAAUGGUAGAAGUGGGGGGUGGGAUCGCGGGAGGGAGCGCGAGGUGAACCCUUUUGGUGAGGAUGAGAAUGCUGUGGAAGCCUUUGGUGGUGAGCAAGAGAAUUCGGGUAUUAACUUUGAUGCUUAUGAGGAUAUACCCGUGGAGACCAGUGGGGACAAUGUGCCACCCCCAGUGAAUACGUUUGCUGGGAUAGACUUGGGGGAUGCAUUGAAUGAGAAUAUAAGGAGGUGCAAGUAUGUGAAACCGACUCCAGUUCAGCGUUACGCGAUACCGAUUUCUCUUGCGGGGCGGGAUUUGAUGGCCUGUGCUCAGACUGGGUCAGGGAAGACUGCUGCCUUUUGCUUUCCAAUUAUCAGUGGAAUCAUGAGGGGCCAUGGUGUUCAGAGACCGCGUGGAGCGCGAACUGUGUACCCUCUUGCUCUUAUUCUUUCCCCUACAAGGGAGCUGUCAUGCCAGAUACAUGAUGAAGCUAAGAAGUUUUCCUAUCAAACUGGUGUCAAGGUGGUGGUCGCUUAUGGAGGAGCACCAAUCAACCAGCAGUUGCGAGAGCUUGAGAGAGGAGUUGAUAUUCUUGUGGCAACUCCUGGGCGAUUGGUUGAUUUGCUUGAGAGAGCUCGAGUGUCAUUGCAGAUGAUCAAUUAUUUGGCUCUUGAUGAGGCAGAUAGGAUGCUGGACAUGGGUUUUGAGCCACAAAUCCGAAAGAUAGUGGAGCAAAUGGACAUGCCUCCACCAGGUGCGAGACAAACAAUGCUGUUUAGUGCUACCUUUCCUAAAGAGAUACAGAGAUUGGCAUCUGAUUUUCUUUCAAAUUAUAUAUUUUUGGCUGUUGGAAGGGUUGGUUCAAGCACUGAUUUGAUUGUUCAACGAGUUGAAUUCGUCCAUGAGUCUGACAAGAGAAGCCAUCUUAUGGACCUUCUUCAUGCACAGAGGGAAAAUGGAAUUAAUGGCAAGCAAUCUUUGACGUUAGUUUUUGUGGAGACAAAGAAGGGAGCUGACUCAUUAGAACAUUGGUUGUGUAUUAAUGGAUUUCCUGCAACUACCAUUCAUGGUGAUAGAACACAACAGGAAAGAGAGCAGGCAUUGAGAUUGUUCAAGACUGGAAAGACACCGAUUUUGGUGGCAACAGAUGUAGCUGCACGUGGUCUUGAUAUUCCCCAUGUAGCACAUGUGGUCAACUUUGAUCUUCCCAAUGACAUAGAUGAUUAUGUUCACCGGAUAGGACGGACAGGGCGAGCUGGCAAAACAGGAUUGGCAACAGCCUUCUUUAAUGAGAACAAUUCAUCAAUGGCGAGACCACUAGCUGAUCUAAUGCAAGAAGCAAAUCAGGAAGUACCUGCUUGGCUUACACGUUAUGCAUCAAGGGCUUCUUAUGGUGGUGGUGGCAGAAAUCGGCGUUCCGGGGGAGGCCGUUUUGGUGGCCGUGAUUUUAGGAGGGAUGGUUCAUUAAAUAGGGGUACAGAUUACUAUGGUGGAGCAAAUAGUAGCAGUGGAUAUGGGGUUCCUGGUGGUUAUGUUGGGGGGUAUGGUCCAGGUGUGACCAGUGCUUGGGAUUAAGCCUGCUGUAUACCGAAUUUGUACCUUGUUUUUCUAAGUAUAUAAAUAUAUUUUUCUCCGAAUUCAAGGAUUA